AACCAAUCAUCUUUACAUCCACCAAAAGCUGGAAAAGCAAGUAAACGGAAGAUGCUGAGAGUUAUUCAAGAUAAAUAAAGUGGAAAAAAACUGAGAUUAAAGAGAGAACUGAGGGGAAAAUACCAUGUACUAAAAAGCACAGUACAGAAGCAGAUAGAGACAGAGGGAAAAGAGGAGCGCGAGGUAGAAAACGAUCCUGCUUAUGCCUACUCCAUCUCUCUUUCAGCACCAAGGACAGAGGCUCUGAGCAGCUGACCCAAACAGCAUUCCGUUGGGGGUCCUUCUCAGUUUCUCUGGGGGAAGCAGAUGCACUAGAAAGCAGCUAUAAGACAUGCAGUAAGGUCUAACAGGAAAGCUGAAAGAGCAGCACACAAUUUCACCUUAGAGGCAAAAAUGGGUGAUUAUCUUUCUGUUCAUUUCCUUAGUUUCUGUGUCCUGGGAAAGGCAAAGUUUGAAUUGCUUGGGUUUCUCUGCUGUCAGUAAAUGGCUGCAGCAGCUGACGUACUAAACUUCACAAUCUUCAGAAAUCAGAAGAAAUUUUUAGGAAAUUCUUUGGGGUCACACAUCCUUUCUUCUGGAUUAUGGCGCCUCUGAACCAUCUAAGUGGCUACAUAAAUUCCACCUGUGGGGCAGAAAAUUCCACAGGUGCCAACCGGGCCCGCCCACAUGCCUACUAUGCCCUGUCCUACUGUGCGCUCAUCUUAGUCAUUGUCUUUGGCAAUGGCCUAGUGUGUGUGGCCGUCCUGAAGGAGCGAGCCCUGAAGACCACCACCAACUACCUGGUGGUAAGCCUGGCUGUGGCAGACCUGCUGGUGGCCACCUUGGUGAUGCCCUGGGUGGUAUACCUGGAGGUCACAGGUGGAGUUUGGAAUUUCAGCCGCAUUUGCUGUGACAUUUUUGUUACCCUGGAUGUCAUGAUGUGUACAGCCAGCAUCCUGAACCUCUGUGCCAUCAGCAUAGACAGGUAUACUGCAGUGGUCAUGCCAGUUCACUAUCAACAUGGCACCGGGCAGAGCUCCUGCCGACGUGUGGCUCUCAUGAUUACAGCUGUGUGGGUACUGGCCUUUGCCGUGUCCUGUCCUCUCCUCUUUGGCUUCAAUACCACAGGGGACCCCAGCGUCUGCUCCAUCUCCAACCCUGAUUUCGUUAUCUACUCUUCAGUGGUGUCCUUCUAUGUGCCCUUUGGGGUGACUGUCCUCGUCUAUGCCAGGAUCUAUGUGGUGCUGAGACAAAGGAGACGGAAACGGAUCCUCACUCGACAGAACAGUCAGUGCAUCACUGUCAGGCCCGGCUUCCCUCGACAACUACACCCUACUCGGCAGUUUUCAAUAAGGUCCAGGUUUCCAUCAGAUACCACAGGAAAAAUGCCCCUCUCUCCUGGCCAGUCACAUUCGGAGCUGAAGCGCUACUAUAGCAUCUGCCAAGAUACUGCCUUGAGGCAACCAGGCUUCCAAGAAGAAGGAGAGUUGAGAAAGGAGGAGAUGACGCGAAACUCCCUCAGCCCCACUAUGGCACCCAAGCUCAGCUUAGAAGUUCGAAAACUCAGUAAUGGCAGGUUAUCAACAUCCCUGAAGCUAGGACCCCUGCAACCUCGUGCAGUGCCACUUCGAGAAAAGAAGGCAACCCAGAUGGUAGUCAUUGUUCUUGGAGCCUUCAUCAUCUGCUGGCUGCCCUUCUUCUUGACCCAUGUUCUCAAUACCCACUGCCAAGCUUGCCACGUGUCCCCAGAGCUCUACAGUGCCACAACAUGGCUGGGUUAUAUGAAUAGCGCCCUUAACCCUGUGAUCUACACCACCUUCAAUGCAGAGUUCCGCAAAGCCUUCCUCAAGAUCCUGUCUUGCUGAAAAAGAGGUAGCAGCACUCCCUGUAUCCACCUCCAACCACCAGGCUGUUGGACCCCUGACCAGAGCCUGCUCAGAAAGACCAUGCAUUGUCCUUGGCAUGUGGUAAAAGGAAGAUUGCUGGACUAGGGUGUCCCUGCAUGGCAGGUGUAACCAACUGCUUACUCCAAAAUAGAAUGUUCUACCUCCCCAGCUAACAUCUGAUUUCCUUCUGACAAUCUUUAAAUGGUUGAAAGCCCCUAAGUGAUGAGCAAUAAUUCAUAGAAGUUGAUAAAGCAUGACUCUACACAGACACACUGUUGUCACUGGAGGCCUGAUUCAUCGCAAUGAAGGAAAAAUGAACAGAUUUCAUCCUUCUCAACUUGCCAGGGGUCCUUGAAAUCUCAGCCAGUAAACCAUCUUGCGGAAUAGCCCAUCUCUCUUCUUUCAGACCUCUAAUUAACUGUCAGUUCAAAUAACCUUGUACUUCUGUGUACUUUUCCCUCUUGGUUGCUUUUUUCCUCUACAGUAUCCUGAAAUUUGAAAGGCAAGGCCAGUGCUUCUUCCUCUCUGUAGAUUCUAAUUGGCUACGUUUGAUGAGGGGACUUCCUCACUACAAAGGAGAGACACUGUCCCACAUUGGGACCUGAGCUUUGUUUCAACCUUGCUAUCCUUGUAUCUUUAUAUUUUAGUUCUAAGAAGCUCUUUGACUCUAUUCCCUUCUUCUCUGGGCAAUCUCAACAUGUCAACAUCCAGAGUCAUUCAAGAUGGGGAUGUCCAUGAAAGGAAUGACAGUUCCCACUGUGGUGACACUGUUGAAUUUGGUGGUUCUGAACAUGCUUUAGACAUACUUUCCAUAACACUAGAAGGUUCCUAGCUAAGGCACCUCCAUCUGCUGCUUUACAGAGAUGCAAUAAUUUCAGACCCUGUGACUUACUAAGGAGUGAGUGUUUGUGAAGUGACAGUCAUCUCCCAGGUUUUGAACAAAUAUCAACGACCAACACAGCUCCUGUCCUCAAGGAGCUCACUGCCUGCUCCUGUGUUUGCUCAUUUAUUAAUAAGCCUAAGGGUGUUAGGAAGUCACCUAGACUGCCAGAGGACCUCAGAACCCAGGGUACUGGGCAGGGUGGCUGUCCAAAGUCAUGAUACUAGUGCAGACUUUAGGAUCCUAGUGCAGAUCCUAAACAUCAUCACUCUAACAACUGAGAUAAAAAAGUAUAAGAGUAUAAAAGUAUAAAAUAAUUUGUAAAUGUCAUUUAAAAUUGCAUUUAGAAGGAACUAUUUACCAUCUCACCUACAGAAGCUAUUUUUAUUGAUUGUAGACUCAAGAUAAAAUUUAUGGAUAAUUUAUGAAAUAUUGUCAUCCUGAACUUUGAUAAAUUUACCUUUAAGAGGUAUUAGUGAGGCUGGGGUUGUGGCUUAGUGGUAGAGCACUCGCCUAACAUAUGCGAGGCCCUAUGUUCCAUCCUUAGCACCAUAUAAAAAUAAAUAAAUAAAGGUAUUGUGUCCAACUACAACUGAAAAAUAAAUUUAAAAAAAAAGAAAAAGAAGUAUAUAGGCAUGACAGAUUCCUGCUGCGAUACUGUUAAAAUUUUAAAGUGCACAAGAACUUGACAGGGAAUCCAAGGCCUCCCUUACUCCAUCUUUCUUCCUCUAAUCCUGAAGUUUAUAACAAGGAAAUAGAUAUACCUCUAGUAAGUUAGUUACCUGUAACUUGGGAAUGCUUUUAAUUCUAGCAUUUUAAAAAUGUUAUUAUCUAUAAUAAUGCUUAUACUGUCUCUUGGUAAGAAAAUUCUGUCUGCCCACUCAUUCUUGCAACAGGAAGAGGCUUCCUUUCUGAGGACCUCCUGCAGGUCUGUUCAGAUGGCAGCUGAGCUGAUGAUGCCACCUCUUGCAGAAGAUCUUCACAUCUUGUUGGCCUGUCCCCGACAUGGACAACCCACACUGCAGAACAUCCACUACUGAUUUGUUUACUUCUCUCUGAGCUACACUGGGUUUUAACAAAUGCAGGAUUAAAUUUGAAUUCUAUCUUUUCUCUGAAAGAAAGGGAAAGGCUAGUUGAAUGCCCACGGCCUCAGAGAUGGUUGACAUUAAUGGUUCAGAGUCUUUGGGUCCAAAACCAAGGGAGGUCAGAAAAGAGAUUUGUUUUUGUGAAUGCUUGGGUCAGAACUAAACAGAGAGGCAGAAAGGUUAAGAGAUUCACUCAGAACUGGUCGUUUCCUGGAUGUCCUAACUCCCAGCUAUGUGCUCCGAUCGUUUGGUAUCUGCUGACAUUAGAAAACUGAAAAAGCUUAAUUUGAAUCAAUACACAGAGAGCAGAGAGGGCAUGACAGGCAAUUAACUUGAUUCCUCCAUUCUACCUAAUUGUCUACUCAUCAGCUUAGGAAGGGAGUGAGUUUCCAUGACUACCUCCUGACACAAAGACUCACUGCAGGUGAUGCCAGUGUCAGCUCUGCUCUGCAGCACACUGGCAGAGACAGAACCGAGAGUCCAUGAAAAACACAAGGCCUGGGAUCUCUUGCUUCCCCCAACCUCACUUAAUCACCCCACCCCUGUGACUGUGCAUUGAGUCCCUGCUUUGUAUAGAAUCUUCUGGGUAUAGGGAGGAGAUGCUGACAGUGUCUGAAGGUAACUGUUCCCCAGACAUAGAGCUGGGCUGAGCCCAAGGUGGCUCUGACACCUUAUGUGAAAAAUGAUUGGCAGACAGUCAAAGGCUGAAGUUCUGGUGCUAGUACAGAUAAGUGACCUUGAGUAAGUGUUUCCAACCUCUCUGAGCCAUUUUCCCCACGAGGAAAAUGACGAUCCAAAGACCUGGCCUUUCUUACUAGACUGAAGAUUAGAUAAAAUCACAAAUUCACAUUGCUUCCAUUUCUUCCUGUUGUUGACAAAAUACCACAGAUGGGGUAAUUUAUCAGUAACAGAAAUGUAUUUACUCAGAGUUCUGGAGGCUAGAAAGUCCAAAAUCAAAGCACCAGAAGGUUGAUGUCUGGCAAGAACCGGGUCUCUUCUUCUGAGGGCAUCUUAUGACUGCAUCCUCCAGAUGGGCAAAUGCUGUGGCAUUUGUAGACAAAAUGCCUAGGGUAAAAGUAGACCUAGCCAGUUUCCCUCUGAUCCUUUUAUAAGGCACUAAUCCCAUACAUGAGGGCAGAGCUCUCAUGACCUAAUCAUCUAUCUCCUCAAGGUUUCCCCUCUUAAUAGGCUGCGCUGGGGAUUAACUUUCAAUGUGAAUUUUGCAGGGGACACAAGCAUUCAAGCCAUAAUGGAAGUGCUUUGUCAACUGUAAAGUCCUAACAAAUGCAUGAGAUUAUUAUUAUUAUCGUUGCUGUUAUUUUUUUCCCCUAUGCAGCUAUUGUCACACCUCUCUGGUUCAGUCUACUCAGAACCUCUUAAGUUAUUUGACACAAUCUUUUUGCGCCCCCCCCCACCUUGUGAAAUCAGAUUUUUCUCCUGUCUUUUAUUCCCUAAAUGCACCCAGGAUACUUCAACUUUGUAAGUUAAUUGCUAGACAGAGGAAUAGCACCUAAGAGGACACCCUUUCCUGUUUACAUGUCACGUGCCCUAGUAUGUUAUGAUCUAACACCCAGGUUGACAAUGGCAGACACUUGCCUGCUGAAGGCUACUUGUGUCCUCUGUUUUGCAAGACAUCUCUUUGUCCCUUAUGAUGUCUGAACCUGACAACCCUUCCUCUCACUUCACCUCUUCCUGCCUGGGGGAAUGAUCUUGGAUAUGGUGUGUUAGUUUCCAAGGGCUGCCAUAACAAGCUUCCCCAAACCAGGAGACUUAAAACAACAGGAAUUCCUUUCUAAGUUCUGGAGGCUAGAAGUUUCAGAGGCCAUGCUUCCUCUGAGGCUCUUGGGAAGGACUUUCCCUUGCAUCUUUCAGCUUCUGGUGAUGGUUGGCAACUCUUGUUGUCUUAUUGUCCCUUGGUUUGUGGCAGCCCAACUCCAGUCUCUGCCUCGUUUUCACACUGGGACCCACCCUGAUCCAACAUGAACUUAUCUUAAUUCUAUCUCUAAAGACUAUUCCGACAAUAGGAUUACAUUUAUAAGUUCUGCAGUUUAGUACUAACUUAUCUUUUGGGGGACAAAAUUCAACCCAUAAAAAUAUGGUGAGAGUGGUCUGGAACACAAGAGGAUUUGGAAUUUGGAGAACUUGGAAAAAUAUUCAAAAGUUAUAUCAUUCGGAAGGCAAGAGGCCAGAUUCCAGCCUUGGCACAUAGUUCCUUUAGUGGUCUGGGUCUAUAAACUUCCGGGAGCUUAACUUCCUUAUCAGUGAAAGUGUUAAGUCUGCAUUCCUAAGGCUAUGCUGACAGGCUAAAAAUAAUUCCAGAAGGAUAUAAAUUAUCUUCAAAGUCCUAAAACCCUGUAAACAUGGUUAUCAAUAAAAGUCAAAGUUGCUCAAAAA